AAGGCGCGCACAUAGUCUGUUCCGUAUGAUUAAUCCCACCACCGUAACAGCUGUUCCUGCUGACUGAUACCUUGAUACCUGAUCCCAGUUGUCGCCAGCCUACCUCCGCCUCGCCGGAUAUUUGGACAACCCUACAUUAAGGCUGCAUGCAUUCCAACCUCACUUAUAUCACACUCCCGCGUCAGCCUCAUCAACUUCACCACCUUCACUAUUUUGGUUGCCAUUCACGUAACCGCCGAACCGUCUUAAUCCGGCUUCUUUAAUACGAUCACCUUACGAAACCCGAUUCGCCCAACGGUCGUUUCCCUAGCCUCGUAAUUGAAUUCACACUCUGGCUUUCCGCGCACUUCGAGCAACCGGCCUAGCUAUUGGCCUAGGACUCACUGCUCUUGCCGCUUAUCGACAGUCUAGGCAAGUCCAGAUGGCGUCAAGAAACACCCAUCUCGACGCGACUGCCGGUCGAGAAGUAGUCUUUUGCCAUCGCUGCGAAAACGAGUGGUACCGGGAUGAGCGCCCGAACACUUUAGAUUGUCCUAGGUGUCAAAGCGAUAUCACAGAGAUAGUUGAAGUCGAUCAUGAUCCCCGAAUUAUAGACGAUGACCAGUCGUUGCCAGACUUGGAUCAUUUUCGACGCCACCACCAUCACCACAACCUCGACUCCGACGAUGAAGACGAAGACUUCGAGGAAAAUCUAUUACAUGGCCCUGGAGGUUUCUUUAGCCAUCGAUCUAUCUUGCGAUCACCUGAGCGCCAAGGUGCUGGAAACGGACCGCGUGCGGCUCCCGAGAAUGCCGACCAGAUAAUUCGCAGAUUCACUGAGUUAUUAGGAGAUAUAGGAGGACCUAGCAUGCGAUCUGGCCCAGAUACCUUAUUCUCUAGCCCUCCUCAACGAGUCACCUUUCAAAGGUUCUCCGGUCCUGGAUUUCAAGGCGGCAUGAGCAGCAUUACCAUCAGUAGUACUUCUGGACGAACUCGCGCUGAUCCUAGCCAGGGGCCUGCCAUGGGCCGUGAUGACCCAUUUCGAAGGGUUUUUGGAGAUAUUAUGGGAGACAUGGGCCCUCCUUCCGUAGACCGUGAUGGUCCCAACUCUGCGAAUCAGAAUGGGGGUGAUGGUAGUGGCAAUGGCCGUCCACAGGCGGAUUUCUCUUUAGCCUUGAGCCAACUAAUAGCAAGCCUCAUAAACCCUCACAUGGUCCAUGGUGAUGCUGUUUACUCGCAAGAGGCGCUGGACCGUAUUAUUACAAACUUAAUGGACUCGAAUCCCCAGUCAAAUGCUCCAGCGCCUGCCUCGGAUGAAUCUAUUGCCGGGCUACCAAGAAAAAAGUUGGAUGAGGCAAUGCUAGGACCUGAGUUAAAGGGUGAAUGUACGAUCUGUAUCGACGAGAUGAAGGCGGGUGACGAAGCAGUUGUGUUGCCAUGUAGGCACUGGUUUCACGAACAAUGCGUCACCUUAUGGCUGAAACAACACAAUACCUGUCCUAUCUGUCGAGCAGCUAUCGAUGGCGAGGCUGCUGGCCGUCCGAACGACGCAGUCCCGCCUACGCAGCCUGGCCCAUCUAGCAUCCCCUCUCAUUACAGAAGAUCCGCGCCAACACCCCCGGGUCGCGUGCGAUCUGACCUGAGUGGGUUUUCUAGCCGACAACAGUCGACUCGACGAGACUCGAACUCUCCUCCGACGUACUCUGGAUCAUCGCUCCCCACUAGGGCUAGAAGCCCUUCUCCUAGUCGUUCGGCACAAAGUGAGAGAGCUCGGGAUGGUCGCAGCUCUUCUGGUGGUGGUCCAUUUACCUGGAUAAGAGAUCAAUUCCGAGGAGACAGGCGAUAAUGAGCGUGAUUUUCGCUCUGAUUCACUCAGUCCAGUCAACCUACAACGGGCUUACAUAAUCAUGCCAAAAGUCGGCGGCAUAUGAAGUGACAGAACACAUAUUUGACGAAGACCAUUGGGUCGAUAGAUACCAUAAUACUAUGGUAUUAUAAAUCACGCGUUCACCCUCUUUACCCCCAAGAUUGGCAUGUCCAAUGGAUUGAUUCAGAGUUUAUGGUGUGUCAUUGCCCUAAUGUUAUGACACUGCCACAAUCCAACCUAUGAAUUUAAACUAGGCGUACACCACCGCCUGGCGUCGAACGGAUAGUGAAGUGUAUUUGAGGACUACAAGACGGAUACAACUGGUGGGAGCGGAAAACGACAUGAGCUUGUUCCCAUAGCUCAGGGUGUUGCAAAUGGGGUGAAAGAAAUUCGUAACCUAGUGGUUGAUAGAUCUCCGUGCCUUGAUGAAUAUGAAUUCUUACGAUGGAUUGACAAAG